AUAGCGCGAGCGCAGUGUGGGGGGAAAGCCGCACGCACGUUCCAGCAGCCGGGUCGCGCGCUACCUGAGCCGCUACGUGAACAUAACGGCCAAAAAAAUGGAACUUUUGUUUUUCUCAUCUUCUUACUUUUUAUUGGCUCUCGCGCUGACAACGACGUUAGCAACCAAAACGAACGUCCCGCGACUUCGCCUCUCCUACAAAGAUCUGUUAGCAACUAACCGCUCCUCCAUCUUCUCUGGGCUUCGCGGAGAACUGCAGCUGUCAGCAAUGUUUUUGGAUGAGUACCAUGACAGGCUGUUUCUCGGAGGAAAGGAUGUGCUUUAUUCUCUUAGACUGGACCACACACACUCGGAUGCCAAAGAGAUCCACUGGGCAUUGCCUGGGAACCGAGAAGAAUGUAUUCUGAAAGGAAAGGACUCAGAGACGGAGUGUGCUAAUUUCAUCCGACUCCUGCAGCCAUUUAACCGGACUCACCUGCUGGCCUGUGGAACCGGAGCAUUCCAACCUGUGUGUGCACUUGUUUAUGUCGGACACCGUGGAGAGCAUGCAUUCUCAUUGGAACUGUCCACUGUUGAAAACGGCAGGGGAAGAUGCCCUCACGACCCCAAACUGCCCUUUGCCAGCACAUUUACUGGUGGCGAGUUGUAUACGGGUCUGACCGCUGAUUUUUUGGGGCGGGAUUCCGUGAUUCUGAGAAGUUUGGGGAAUCGCUCUCCCAUGAGAACUGAAACAGACCAGAGAAUACUUCAUGAGCCAAAGUUUGUGGCUGCUCACCUCAUCCCGGACAGCACGGAUAAAGAUGAUGAUAAAGUCUACUACUUCUUCACUGAGAGAGUGAGCGAGGCCGGAGACAGAGAGGGAGAGGCGGCUUUACACACACGCAUUGGACGAGUGUGUGCGAAUGAUGCUGGAGGUCAGAGAGUUCUGGUCAAUAAAUGGAGUACAUUCAUUAAAGCUCGACUGGUGUGUUCUGUACCUGGACCACAUGGCAUUGACACACACUUUGACCAGCUGGAGGAUGUGUUUCUGCUGAGAACGAAAGAUGAAAGAAACCCAGAAGUCUAUGCUGUUUUCAGCACCAUCAGUAAUGUAUUCCAGGGCUUUGCAGUGUGUGUGUACAGCAUGGCUGAUAUUCGUGAGGCAUUUAAUGGACCAUUCGCUCAUAAAGAGGGGCCAGACUACCAGUGGGGACCGUACGAAGGACGAGUUCCCUACCCACGACCAGGAGUGUGUCCCAGUAAGAUCACAGCUCAGCCAGGCCGUGUGUUCAGCAGUACUCUACAGUUUCCGGACGCUGUGCUGCAGUUCGCUCGCUCUCAUCCCCUCAUGUGGAGAAGUGUGUAUCCAGCACAGCGGCAGCCUCUGCUGAUCCGCACCAGCGUCCCCUACAGGCUCACACACAUCACUGUGGACCGCACACAGGCUGAGGACGGUCCCUAUGAUGUCAUGUUCAUUGGCACAGACAUUGGUACUGUUCUGAAGGUCAUCGCACUGCGAAAUGGCAACUCGUUGACCAGUGAAGAGAUCACACUGGAGGAGCUGCAGAUCUUCAAGGUUCCCACCCCAAUCACCUCCAUGGAAAUCUCAGUGAAGAGGCAAUCUCUUUUUGUGGGUUCGAGUGUGGGCGUGGCUCAGGUUUCGCUGCAUCGCUGCAGUAUGUACGGUAAAGCAUGUGCUGAGUGCUGCUUGGCCCGAGACCCGUAUUGUGCCUGGGAUGGACAAGCUUGUACGCGCUACACCACCAACAGCAAACGGCGCUACCGCAGACAGGAUAUCAGGCAUGCCAACCCAGCCCUGCAGUGCACUGACCAGAACCAGAGCGUGGAAGACAUGGACAUGGCUGAAGACAGGGUUGUCUACGGCACCGAGAACAACAGCACAUUUUUGGAGUGUGUUCCUCGCUCUCCACAAGCUACUGUCACCUGGCAUGUACAGCGUGAUGAACAUCUGGAGGAGGUGUUGCUGGAUGAGCGGGUAGUAAAAACAGAAGAGGGCUUGCUGUUCCGGCGUGUGUCACGUCAUGAUGAAGGUGUGUACGUGUGCCGUUCUCGCGAACAUGGCUUUACCCAAAUUAUCUCUCGUAUCUGGCUGGAUGUCCUACGAGGAGACACCCUUUUCGAUUUGCUGUCACGUGACAGCAAGCACAGGGCGUGGCCUCCUUGCCCCACCCACCUGGGCCCAGCCAGUCGCACCCCUGCAAAGGCAUGGUUUAAGGAUGUAUUGCAGCUGAUUGGUCCAUCGAAUCUCCCUCAAGUGGAGCAAUACUGCGAGCGCGUCUGGUGCAAUGAGAAACUGCGCCGGAAACACAAGAACAUGAUGGACAAGUAUCGACAAGCGCAAGACUUAGCACGGAAAACCAGGAUCCCCAAGAACACGGGAGAACGGAACCGUACGCCCCGAGACACAAGCAGCAGAAUGACACAGACACUGAGAGAAAAGUGAGAGAUGGACUGAUGGACUAGGAAGUUUAUUAGUUAGAAAGACUUUAAUCCUUCUCAAACCUAAAGACACAUGCUCCAAUAUACACACUCCUCUCUCUCUCUCUCUCUCUCUCUCUCUCUCUCUCUCUCUCUCUCUCUCUCUCUCUCUCACAGGCUGUCAGAUGCUGUACAUAAUGUGUUUACUAUCUUAACUGCUCUCAGUUUAAGAUGCACCUGUGGAGCUAAUUUUGUAUUGUGUCUCCUGCCAUCACGCUAUUCUAUGAUGUCAAUUUUUAUAUAAUUUGACGACAGUUGGAGAUUCAACAGGACAAAUAGAGCCUAUAUGAAAGGGAUUGGGUUAUACAGCAGAAAUAUAACAAUACUAAUAUCACAAUACUUCAAGACUUUUGCACAAUAGAAGAUCAUAUUUUUAAGCUUUUCUGAGGUUUGAUAAGUUGGAACAGGAAAAAAAGAGCCACACUGAAAAAAAUGCUAUCAACAAUUAUGAAUGCAGUUAUUUUUAUUCGGUGUUUACGUACUGUGCUGCACUUAAUCCAGGCCUAAUUAUGCUGUCUUUGUAAUGAAACAUGCAGUUGUUUAGUGUUGUCCAUACAUUAUACACAAUUUGCUCACAAAAGCAUGGUUUUUAUAUAAUGUGUAGCAAUUUCUCCUCAUACUGAUAUUUUCAUUUUGCCCAGCCCUAAUAUAUCAAGGGUUGCUUUGAAUUUACUUGAUUGAAGGAUGCAUAUUAGUUCAAUAUGACUGAAAUAAAUUACAACACAAUUCUUGGUAAAAGAUAAUAAAAUGGAUGGCAGUAGUUGUGAUGAUGUAAUAUAUUUCAUUCAUGUGGAAUCACUCUAUACACAUGCAUCAAGUAAAUUCAAAGCAACAUUUUUAAGUGUGCUUUGCUUCACUGAAAACCCAAUACCCAGAGUAUAUGGUGCAAAUAAUGUCUUGGACUGCUUGGACUUACUUCUACUGUAAAAUGUUUCUAAUAAUCCUUCAAAAAAGUAAAAUUAUGUUAUUACAAUGGCAGAUACACUAAAUGGACAAAAGUAUAAUGGCAUUAUCAUCAGCACAAAAACAGUGCAUAGGGAGGUUCAUGACAUGGGAUUUACUAGCUGAGCAGCUGUGUGCAAGUCUUACAUCACCAAGCACAAUGCCAAGCAUCGGAGGGAGUGUUGUGCCAUUCUGCCUCUGGAGCAGUGGAUAUAUAUAUAUAUGUAUGUAUGUAUGUAUGUAUGUAUGUAUAUAUAUAUAUCCAUCCAUCCAUCCAUCCAUCCAUUUUCUAAGCCGCUUCUCCGUCAGGGUCGCGGGGGGAUGCUGGAGCCUAUCCCAGCAGUCUUCGGGCGGAAGGCAGGAUACACCCUGGACAGGUCGCCAGUCCAUCGCAUAUAUAUAUAUAUGUAUUCUGCGAGGUGGCGAAUUAUGCUUCUCUAUCUGGCAGUGUCUGGACGAGUCUGGCUUUGAUGAAUGCCAGGAGAACCUUACCUGCUUGACUGCGUUGUGCCAACUGUAAAGUUUGGUGAAGGAGGGAUAAUGAUAUGGGGUUGUUUUUCAGGGGUUGGCCUAGACCCCUUAGUCUCAGUGAAGGCAA